GCAGCUGACCUGAGGGGUCAAAGUUUAAAGUGUGUUGUUUUACAUAAGGAUCAAACAUGGAGUCUGUUUUUCAUGAAAAACAAGAGGGGUCUCUGUGUGCCCAGCACUGCCUCAACAACCUGCUGCAGGGGGAGUACUUCAGCCCUGUGGAGCUGUCCUCCAUAGCACACCAGCUGGAUGAGGAGGAGCGCAUGAGGAUGGCAGAGGGAGGACUGACCAGCCAAGAGUAUAGGACCUUCUUAGAGCAGCCUUCUGGAAACAUGGAUGACAGCGGGUUCUUUUCUAUUCAAGUUAUAAGUAAUGCUUUGGGAGUCUGGGGUCUGGAGCUGAUUCUCUUCAACAGCCCUGAGUAUCAGAGACUAAUGAUUGAAGCAGUAAACGAAAAAGCAUUUAUAUGCAACUACAAGGAACACUGGUUUACAGUUCGAAAACUUGGACAACAGUGGUUUAACUUGAAUUCUUUGCUGACGGGUCCAGAACUCAUCUCAGACACAUACCUUGCACUUUUCUUAGCACAGUUACAACAAGAAGGUUACUCGAUAUUUGUCAUCAGAGGAGAUCUCCCCGAUUGUGAAGCAGACCAGAUCCUGGGCAUUGUAAGGGUGGAGCAGACACAGAGACCAAAGCUGAUUGGAGAGGAGGCAGCUCAGUCCAGCAGUGGACAGAGUGUCCCCAUGGAGAGUGCCGUGGAAAUCAGCACAGGUUUCCAGACGGGCCCAGUAGAUGAGGAUGAGGAGAACCUGAGGAAGGCGCUGGCGCUCAGCCGACAGGACAUUGAGGUGGAAGAUGAAGAGGCUGACCUGCGCAGAGCCAUUCAGCUCAGUAUGCUAGGCGCUGCAGGAGGUAGUAGUCUUCCUGAUCCAAGAGACGGCAGCAUUGCACAUUCAUCAAGGUCCAUCCAGAACGAAACUUUAACUGCAGAGGAACUGCGAAAAAGAAGGCAGGCCUACUUUGAUAAGCAGUCACAACAGCAAGCACAGCCUACCUCCCAACCACAGCCACUGCCUGAGCCCCAGCCCCAGCCUCAGCCCCAGCUCCAGCCCCAGAUGCAGCAAGAAAGUAAAAGCACUGACAAGGUCCCGAGUGAACAAGAAACAAUAACAGCUGCCUUAAACACAUCCCUCUGCACAGCAGAUGCCAAGAGCAGUCAGUUGAAUACGGAGGACCCGAUAUGAGCCUGGGAUAUUAUCUGCAACGCCUGUCUUUCCAUCGCCAAAUCAUAGCAGCUGCUCUCCCGGCGAGCAAUUCAGGGAGAGGGGUAUGCAGCUGCAAGCCUGGACUGGAUUUGUAGUUUGUUACACGAUAAUAGGGACACACUUUUAUAGCAGUGGCUUGUUGUUCCACGUUCCAGGACGGCCUUCUACUCUAGCACCUUUUUUUUUUUCAUUCUGUGGAGAAACGUACAUAUCUUUCUGCGAGUGUAUAGAAACUAAACAGGGGGGUUAGGAGGAUUUGGGAUUACAGAUCAGCCCAUCAUAGAAAUUUUAGGACCACAUAACUAUAAAUUAACACUAAAUGUUAAUAAGAGUAAAAGGAAAUUUUUAGAGCCUUGUGCUCCCAUAUGAUUUGGAAAACAACAGGUUUUGCAAAAAAAAAAGAGUGUUUAUUCCUUUUAAAAUAUGCUCAUUUGUUUUAUGACUUUCAGCUAUAUGUUAACCCCAUUCUUUGAGUUCAUUAACACUGCACAACAAAGCCUUUUCCUUUCUGUUUAUUUAUGUUAUUGUUCUAGAUGAUCCCUAAAACCAUUCUUCCCAAUUUAGUUUUUGACCCAGAAGGACCCAGAUGAUACUGCUUUUUCUUCUAUUCCUUCUAUUUUCAUUAUCACUUAACAUUCAUAUUGGGACCACCACAUUAUGUGUGCACUUCGUGGUUAAGGAUUUUAUUCUUGCAUCUGCUCUGAUUCUGCAGAUAUCUUAAUAAUGUAUUGUAGAUAUUUAAGUUAUUUACAUUUUUUAAUACUGUGAUCUGCUUUACCACAUGUUUGAAUUUUUUCUGCAGCUAAAGCCCUUAUUUUCUGUCCAAUGAAUAAAGCACACUUUAUUUCCAAAGCGUA